GAUCUGCUCCUCAUCGAGCCGGAUCUGGUGCAAAUGGCCAAAGGCCUCAAGUGCAACUUCCUGGCCGUGGAGUAUCCUGGCUACGGCCUCUGUGCCCGCAGCAAAGGAUGCGAGGAGAUCAGCUUCGAGGGCGUGGAAGACGUAGCGCUCCAUGCUUUGGUCUACUGCGUCUCUGUGCGCGGCAUUCCUCCAGAGAAGGUUCUUCUUCAUGGAAGAUCUCUUGGAAGCGGGCCGGUCCUUCGACUCGCCAAGCGAGCGCGUGACCUGAUGAGAUGGAACAUUGGUGGGGUCGUGCUGCAGUGUCCCUUCAUCAGCAUCCGGCAGGUUGCAGCAGACUACGUGGGUCUGCCAGGGAGCUACCUCAUCCCAAAAGACUGCUACAACAACCUUGACGCGCUUCAAGAGCUGUGCCACGAGCCUUUGAACUCUUGGGUGCCCAUCCUGAUACUCCACGGCGAACUGGACAAGGUCAUCAAGCCGUACCACGGGAGGGCACUGCUGCAGAAGGCUGUGGAAACUGGACAUCCCCAAGUGGAG